AUGGCCGAACUGGCCUUUUCGCCUGCCCCGAGAGAUGUGAGGAGGCCGGGGCACCAAGAUGAGGAUGUUCCUUUCUGGGAGGAGGACGGCUACGUCGAAAUGGCCGGCGAGGGCGAGCUUCGGCACCGAUCCGAAAUGGUGACCGGACCGCUGGAGCCGCAAGCUUCCGCACCGUCCGCACCCCGCCGCAACUCCAUGCCGGGACUUACCGUGGCUCGCCGCCCCUCCGCUGCAUCGGAGAGAGCACGGCCCUCGCCAAGCUCGCCGUCCUCGCCGCAGCCCGACUCGAAGUCACUCGAUAGUUCCAUCGCAUCCAGCUUCGAUGUGUGGACACCUCAGACAGCAGCGCCAGCACAGCCGCAGUCACGAGGAAACACGGCGGUGCUGCGAGGCUUGCCGCAGCUGCCGCAGCUCUUGGUGGCCCUUGAGUACCCGGGCUGUACCCCUUUCAACUCUAGGAUCGCCGUGGGCCCAGAGGAUGCAAGCUGCACUCUGGCGGCCCACCAGUCCGUGCUGGCAGCCCGAAGCCCCGUCCUGGCGGCGAUGUUCCGGCACAAAGCAUUUCAGGAGGGCCAGACGGCGAAAGUGCGGCUCGUGGACGUGGACGUGGAGACCUUCAAGCAAUACCUCCACCUCCUCUACACCGGCGACCUUGAGGAAGGCUUGAACCUAGACCACAUUCUGGAGGUGCUGGUGAUCGCAGACCGGUUUCAGUCCCCCGGUUUCGGGGAUGUCUUGGCCCGGCGGCUGCGGGACUUGGUCACAUGGGACGAGACGGUGGGCAAAGUGAUGAUGACCUACGUUCGACUCCCGGAGGACAGCGAGUACUCUGGUAGCCUGGUCGGGGUGAUGGGUGACCAACUGACGCAGCUGAGUUUCAAAGAUGCCCUGCGGCAGACGCAGAAAGCGGUCCUGCAGCCGAUUGAUGAAGACACGUCUCGGCUAAAGGCCAUUGCUGCUCGGGGUCUCAUCUUCUCCAUGUUGGCCUUCCCCAUCAUGCGGGACAUUGCAGACGAGGCGGUGAACAAACGAAUCGUCUGUUUGCUCUCGCUGAUCACGGACACCUUCGGCUCCCUCUGCGAGCUCCCCGAUGAGCCGCGGAGCCGGGAUGAAGUUCUGGGAGCCGCCGCCUCGGAGAAAAAGCGGAGAAAAAGGCGGAGCGGUCGGCGCUUCUCGGAGGUGCUUUGGAUCCGGACGGGCUUCGACCUCUCCAGAGCCUGGGCCCUCCUGGAUCCCAGCAAUCGCCAGGCCUUGACGCUUCCCGAGUUCGUGAGGGGCUGCCGGGAGUUGGGUUUCGAUGGCGACGCCGUGCACAUCUUCAAAGGCAGCCGUUGUCUGGCUCGAGCUUGGGAAGAGCUCCCGAGAAUGGAAACUCUGCGAGCCUCAGAUGCUGUCUUGCAGAAGAUCCGGGUCCUUCUGCGCCACCUUGACAAGGACCGCACCGGGACGGUCAGCCAGAGGCAGUUUGAGUGGCUACUCCGCAGCAACCUGCCGGCGGUGGAGGCCGUGAGCCGAGAAGACCUGGACCACAUGUGGUCCACCUUUGCCAAGCGUGCGGAUGGGGAUAUCGAGUACGAGGAUCUCAUCCAGUGGAUCUUGAAGCCCAGCACUCCGCUGACGGUGAGUUCGACUUGGGAGUUGACCUUCUUUGACUUGAAGUCUCAUUUGGAGCCUCUGUUCUGGGCGUACGACCAAGAUCGUGACGGCAUAAUCAACUGGGAAGAGUUUAUGGAAACUCAUGGAGUUCUACAGAAUGCUCUUCGCCUCAAUCCAUCAUUGGAAGGCGAUACAGACCCUGCCAUGAUCAAGGGUGACUUGCACCAUUGCUACCUCACGAUGAUUGGCUCCGAAGGUGACAAGCGGCUCACCUUCGCCAGGUUCAUAACAUGGCAGCGAGAUGCGCUUAUGUCGUCUUCCCUGCCCUCCGAUGUGCUGGCGAAGACCCUUCGCAGUGUGGCCAAGCAGCUCCAGCGCGUCUUCAAGUUGUCUGAGAUCGAGAAGCGUGGACAACUAACAGAGUCCGACAAACAGGUGCUGGUGCGCAUCCUUCAGCACCUUGCGCAGUUCAGUCGUGAGCUGUGGGGUCAGUCCGGCUACCAGCGGGAUGCGGUGGUCGCACACAGCUUCGCCAACAAGUGGACGGCGCCGGUGGUAGGCAUGAACGUGCAGCAGCUGAAAGCCGUCUUCUUGCACGACUUCGACAGAAGCCGGCUGAAGUUCAGCUCCCGAGUGACCUUGAACAAGUGGGAGAUCUUCUGCAUCCCGGCCAUCCCGAUCCCACACCGUCUCCCAGCCUGGUUGGCGAGAGUGAGGCUUAUGACGGAGCUCAAGGAUGGUCGAAAGCUGAGUAGUGGCUUCCAUGUCUACCGCUAUCAACAAGAGUUCUUCACUUGGCACCUCAUCUCAGACAGCACAGCUGGCACAGCUUUCGAGGUGGCCUUGGAGGGUCUCAGCGCCGAGUUGCGGCUGUUCUGCCUGCUGAAGACCCUGGCCAACUUUGGUGUUCGCCUGCCGUGGCCCAACUUGCAAGAGGCCUUGUCCCAGGCCGUGGGAAUGCAGAUCGUCACCGAGGAGCAGCGCCGCCUCUGCCUCUCUGCCUUCGAGGAGCAGGUUGCCAAGGGCCUUCACGCCGAGGGCCUCUACUUCAGCCGAGAGCGCUUGGAGAAGGUGACCGGCCUCGUUACCUCCCCCAGCCACGUCAUGGGCAUCUUCGUCGAGUCCUCAGCUUUCAGCUUGGAUCAUCAGGGCCUGGGGCGUUUAAGCCGGACGGAUUUCGAGUAUCUCCAGCAGGUCUCCUCGUGCUCCGCGCAGGGCAUGAGCAUCGAACUGCGGAUGCUGCGCAGCUGGGCGGCCGAGGUCUGCUCCGACAGCAUCGACCUCCUUUUAAGGCUGAAGAUGAUCGGUGACCACGCCGGAGGGUGGGCCCAGGUCCUGGAGCCCAUCGAGCCCUCCGAGUUCGCUCGACGCCUCGAGGUGUUGGGCUUUCCUGGGGAGCCCGCCGAGAUCGCGGCGGAGGUGGCGAGAUGUCGUGGGAACGGUGCCGCCAGUCAGAUCUCCGUAGAACAUGUCUGCUGCGCCCUUUUCGGUCUGAAGCAGUUCCGACGUGCUACAGGCACGGCCAAAGAUGCCGUGAAGACGAAGACGCUGACCACAGCCGCUGCGCGGAAGAAGAAUCCGAUCCGAAAAGCCGAGUGGGAUUCCAGCAUCUUCUCGGGCUUCUGCGCCAAUGCUUCCAGGCCGGCUUCUCUUCGAGUGUACUUCAGUUCGCCCCAGAAGGAUCCCGUCAUGCACCGGGCAGCAUCCAACCCUACACUGAGCAGGCCGGCAACAGCAGUGGCAACGGGGCCGAUGGGCCCUUCCGCGAACAAGGGCGGUUCUGCGCAGGACCGCCGCGGUCGCAGUGCGUCCCCUCCCAGAGAGCGGCUUCCGCGCCGAGCCUGUCCCUUAAAAGCUGCGGGAUCUGCCGACACCCCUGGCCAUGCGUUGCGCGCACCGCGCUCCCAAGGUGCGUCCAGGAGAGCUGAAUCACCGAUCCUGAGAGCCCGACAGCCCUGCUUAAAGCAGGGCAGAGCUUCCGGGAAGCCCGCACGCGCGCGGGGGCCUUCUCCCAGAUCGCAUCAAAAGGGCAGAAGCGCUGAGCAAUGUAGACCCCGAAGAUACCAUGACCACGACGGCCGUGACCACGGCUAA